UUCCGCUGCUUCUUUCAUCAUGGCAGUGUCACCCGUAGUGCGUGGUUUUAUCGUGCAUCUUUCAACAUAAUCGGAAAUUGGCAACAAUUAAAAUGGCACGCAGUUAAUUGAAACGAGAUUAAUAGUCUCCGAUUUACUGCAUAUUGGCGCCCCGCGAUAUUUGCCUGAUAGUAAGUCAAGGGUUAGGUGUAUGUGUACAUUUUCCAUUUACUUUACCUUUUAAGGAUCGCGCGUGGCCUUUUAGAAAUUAGAUAUUUAUUGGAGCACUUGCCGUGCUGAUUGCUGCGGGGGAAAAACAUGGGUUUACCCGCGCUGGAGUUCAGCGACUGCUAUCUGGACAGUCCGCAGUUCAGGGAGAGGCUGAAAUCUCAUGAACUGGAGCUGGAAAAGACGAACAAGUUCAUCAAGGAGCUCAUCAAAGAUGGCAAGGCGCUCAUCCAGGCUCUUAAAAAUCUGUCUGCUGCGAAGAGAAAGUUUGCACAGUCCCUGAAUGAGUACAAGUUCCAGUGCAUUGGGGAUGCUGAGACGGACGACGAAAUGUGCAUCGCAAAGUCGCUCCAGGAAUUCGCAGCUGUCCUCAAGAACAUGGAAGACGAGAGGUCAAGGAUGGUCGAAAAUGCCAGCGAGGUUCUGAUCACUCCACUGGAGAAGUUCCGAAAAGAGCAGAUUGGGGCUGCCAAGGAGGCCAAGAAAAAAUAUGACAAGGAGACUGAGAAGUACUGUGGGACCAUAGAGAAGCACCUGAGCUUGUCUUCAAAGAAGAAGGAGGCACAACUACUUGAGGCCGACACGCAGGUGGACCAGGUACGGCAGCAUUUCUACGAGGUCUCCCUGGAGUAUGUCUUCAAAGUGCAGGAGGUGCAGGAGCGGAAGAUGUUCGAGUUUGUCGAGCCGUUGCUGGCUUUCCUGCAAGGGCUGUUCACCUACUACCACCAUGGGUACGACUUGGCCAAAGAUUUCAGCCACUUCAAGACAAACCUCACCAUCAGCAUUCAAAAUACGAGGGAUCGCUUUGAAAGCACACGGGCGGAGGUGGAGAGCCUAAUGAAGAAGAUGAAGGAAAACCCACAUGAGCACAAGAGCGUGCGGCCCCAAACAAUGGAGGGCUACCUGUUCAUGCUGGAGAAGCGUUCCUUCGUGUCCACGUGGGUUAAAUACUAUUGCACUUACCACCGGGAGCUGAAGCGGGUCAGCAUGGUGCUGUACGACCAGAAGACCGGGGGCAGAGUGGGAGACGAGGACAGUUUCAUUCUGAAGUUCUGCACGCGGAGGAAGACGGAAUCCAUUGAGAAGAGGUUCUGCUUUGACUUGGAGGCCACCGACCGACCGGGGGUGAUCACCAUGCAGGCUCUGUCUGAGGAUGACCGGAAGCUGUGGAUGGAGGCUAUGGAUGGACAGGAGCCGGUUUAUAAUUCGAACAAGGACAACCAGAGUGAUGGCAUGCCCCAGCUGGACUACACAGGAUUCAAUGUCAUCAAGAAGUUCAUCCACGCUGUGGAGACCAGAGGAAUUGAUGAGCAGGGCCUGUACAGGAUCGUGGGGGUCAACUCCAGGGUGCAGAAGCUGCUGAGCCUAGCCAUGGACCCUAAAACCUGCGCGGAUGUGGAACUGGACACGCCAGAGUGGGAGAUAAAGACCAUCACCAGUGCACUCAAGCAUUAUCUCAGAAUGCUGCCGGCUCCUCUUAUGACCUACCAGUUCCAGAGGAACUUCAUCAAAGCUGCCAAGCUGGACAAUCCUGAGGCGCGCAUCUUGGAGAUCCAACGGAUGGUGCAUCACCUGCCGGAGAAGAACAGGCAGAUGCUGGAGCUGCUCAUGAAGCACUUGGCUAACGUCGCCCUCCACCAUGAGCAGAACCUGAUGACCGUGGCCAACUUGGGCGUGGUGUUUGGCCCCACGCUGCUGCGGCCUCAGGAGGAGACGGUGGCGGCCAUCAUGGACCUGAAGUUCCAGAACAUCGUCGUGGAGAUCCUCAUCGAGAACCAUGAGAGGAUCUUCAGCGAGCCACCCAUACAAGGACCAGGCCAGAUUGAAGCCAACACCGCUCGGAGGAAAAGCUCAGAGAACAAGCCCCCGUCCUGCAGCGAGAGGCCAUUGACCUUCUUCCACACGUCUCAGCCCCCUGAAAAAGAGGUGAGGAACAGGUCCGCUCAGGAUGUCCCCAAUGACUCCAUCAUCACCCAGACCCCAGAGCGCUCCAACAGCAUCCAUGACCGGAUCCAACCCAACAGUCUUGAGUCCGGAAAUCAGCACCCCGAGGGCGUGGUAGUGCAGAAGACACGUCGACCCAACUCCCUGCUGACCCACAAGGACUGUCCCAGUAUCCCAACAAGUCCCACCUCCCCUAGUCCCUCGCCACAGUGCUCCCCCUCCUGGCCGAUGUUCUCCGCCCCCUCUAGCCCCCAGCCGGCUUCCUCUAUUCCCGACGACUCCUCCCCAGUCAGCUCGCGCCUCCGGAAAGCACGGGCGCUGUACGCCUGCAAGGCCGAGCACGAGUCUGAGCUCUCCUUCACUGCUGGGGCCAUCUUUGAAAACGUUCAUCCUUCCAGGGAGCCCGGCUGGCUCGAGGGCACCUUCAACGGGAGAACCGGGUUGAUCCCGGAGAACUAUGUGGAGUUCUUCUAGCAGGGUGUGUGCUUCAGGGGUCCCUGUGGCCUACUGUGAGAAGAUUCUGAUAGCCCCCAGGAGGGGCUACUAUGCAUUUUUCUGAGUGCAGGUGUGAGUACUGUACUAUUUGAGAGGAGAACCUCACCCCUGUUGUACUGCUCAGACCCUUGACCAUUUCAGCUGGAGUACUUGUCUCCUCGGGGAGAAACUGGAGGAUGUUAAGGUCUGUCUCUUGUCCUUUUUUAAAAAAAAAUUUUUAACAAAAGUUUGGCAGCUCGAAGCUCAAGGUUUCUUCAUACACUCCAACCCUUUAUCUGUAGGAUGGUACUUACCAUAGGAAGCAGCUCACCUCCCCAGGGUAGAGAAGGAUGUGGGCUCUACAGCCCAUGCAGGGAGGUGAUGCUAAAAUAAGCUGAUCCCUCAUGGAAAAGCAAGACCUUACUGUUAGCACUUGAGUUUCUGGAAUAUUCUAUUAGCUUGUUAAGUUUUAAAAUAUUUUUUACUAUGACAAAUUGGGGCUUGGGCAGCCCAGAAUGGGCAGUAAUUCGCCCAGUCAGAGAAUCCCAUUCAGUGAAAGGUAUAUUACAUCUAUAAUGAAACAAAUCUUUUUUUUUUUUACAUGGAGCUUGACUGAUUUGAUAGAUGGUCUUCAUUUAUAAUGCACUGAAUUAAUAUUCUAUGUUGCAAUCUCAAAAUGGAUGUAUGCUGUGUGUACUGAUGUAAAAAAAAAAGACGGCUAAAAUUCUAUUUUUAAGUUUAAAUUAUAUUUUUAUGGUAUCCAUGUAAAAUCCAUCCCCUUCUUGUCUUCCUUACCUUGCAAGAUAUGAAGUCUUAACAUCGAAUGAACAGUUUACAGGUUUGUGUAAUAAAUGACUCAAAGCUGGAAGGUUCA